UUCUACUACAAGAGUGGGGCGGUCUGGCGUUCAGAUGACAUGAACUUGGUAUGCUGUUUGUAUGCUUAGAGGAUCUGCUGAAUCCAUUAAUCCAUUUAGCCUCUAUAAAUGGAAUUCUUGUGAGGUAAAAAGGAUGGAAAAGUCGGACGCAUGCGAUCCAUACAGCCGACCCGCGCGCAGAACACAAUGGAUAGUGAGCACCCUGGCGUAUCAUUACGGACUAGACCGUGGAGUGGAAAACGAAAUUAUAGUCCUCGCAACCGGGCUAGAUCAAUACCUCCAAGAGAUAUUUCAUCACCUAGACUGUCAGGGAGAUGGAAAAAUACCAACGGAGGAUUUUAACAUUCUUUGCGAGAUUUUAGGACUCGGUAAAGACUGUGAUCUGGAGGAGUGCGCGGGGAUAUUGGAUAAUCUGCCCAAAGAGUUCACCUUCAGGCAGUUUCACGCAAAACUCUGCGGGUAUUUCAGCACCAAAGCUGGAUGCCAUUAUGAGAAUGGGAGAUUGCUGGUUGGUAAGGAGAGCGAGCACAUAGAGACGCAGAUCAGGCUCCGGAGCCCUCUGAGGCGGCGCGAGAAGCUGCUGUCUUUGGGUACCACCAGUAAGAAAGAAAGUGAAGAUCCGCCUUCUCCCACUGUAGACAGACACAGGUCGGGUCGUAGGCAGCUGGGAUCCUGCACACGAGAGUGUUACGAGGAGAUCGUGGCCCUUGAGGAGGCCGAGGACAGGAUAGCCAAACUCGAGGAGGAAAACGCCAGUCUCAGGGAGUUGGUGGAGGACAUGCGGGCGGCUCUGCAGAGCAGUGAUGCGCGGUCACUGGCUUUGCAGGUGGGCUUGUGGAAAAGCCACUCGAAACAUAAACCAGAAGGUGGCUGUUUCAUCGCCCACCAACGGAGAAAAGUCCAGAAGCCCAACAUUUCCGGUAGCCUGAAGGACAUCCAGAGUUUCCUGAGAGAAGUGGAGUUCAUCAGGGCAUCCCGGGAUGGACAGAUCGAGGAAGCCAUGUUCUUCAACCAGAAGCUUGAGCAAGAACUGCGAAUAUCACGUGAGACGUCGCUGAUGCUAGAGGAAUGUAACAGGACUUUAAAGAAGGAGCAGGUGGAGAUGAGGAAGAGGGUGGAGGAAGCCAGACAAGCUGUGCUCAGCGGCCUUAAAAAAGUGAAGGAGCUGGAGACCAAAGCCAGUCACAUCCCUGUCCUGCAGAGGCACAUUGAGCAGCUCGAGAUGGAACUUCUGUACUACAGAUCUGAAGUGUCUAAAACAUCAGUAGCAUUCAUCCACAAACCAGACAGACGGUAUAAUGGGGCCAGUCAGACGGUGUCCCGCUGUUGCCUGGACACAGAGCAGGAUCGACACUCACCCACAGGACGUGCAGAGACUGUGUCUGACACCAUGGAGGAGCAGCUGUUUCGUUCAGUGGAGGGUCAAGCGGCGUCCGAUGAAGAGGAGGAGAGAUGGACAGGAGAACAGCAGAGACAGGUGGAUGAGGUCAAGAGAAUCCUCACCAGACUGUCCUGCUGUGGAGACAGGUGUGAUGAGAAGGCAGUGAAGAAGCUGUUGUCUCAUUUUGGAGAUUCUCGCACAGAGGAGAGCCAGACGGCAGUGUUGGAGCUGUUGGAGAAGGUCACAAGACUCAACAAACAACUGGAGCUGAAGGAGAGUCAGGCCAGGAGAGCAGAGAUGGACACAGACCAGAUGAGGGAUGCGCUAGUGCAGGAGCUGCAGCAGAAGGCUGAGGAGACGGAGCUGCUUCACCUGGAGCUGCAGAUGCUGGAGACAGAACGGGUGCGUUUGUCUCUGGUGGAGGACAAACUGAUGGAUGUGCUGCAGCUUCUUCAGCAGCUGCGGGAGCUGAACGUGUCAAGAAGAUCUUUAGGAAAGAUUUUACUCAGCACACUGGAGUCCUGCAGUGAUCCUCAGCAUGGGAAAGCGCAUAUUUUGGAAGUGCUGAACGCUCUCUGUCAUGAACUGACCGCGUGUGAAAUUCUGUCUAACGGCGAGACCAUAGAGCGAUCACAGAGUCACCAGUCACUCACCAACUCGCUGCUCAUCUCCUGCUAGAUCUCCUUUACAUUGCUGCCAUCUGAUGGUCAAUGGAUGAUACGCACUCUCUAACUAGUAACGUUGGGCAAUGGGACCAAAAUUAGCCAUUCAUUUGUCUUUGUUUAUAUGUCUGUGUAUAGUUGUGUAAAUCAUUUAGCUCAUUUUCAUUUAUAAUGACACAUAUUUCUGUAAAUAGUUUGUGUAAAUCAUUUAGCCUGUUAUCAAUUAGAAUGAAACAUGACAUUACUCAUUUUUAAAGCAUUUAAGGUAAGACACUGCAGGUAAAUAAGGUAAAAAAAAUUUUUAAUAAAUUAUAUAUAGUUAGCAGCAUACUUCCCCAGUUGAUGUAUUAUGUUCAGUGGUGUAAAGUCAAUUACAAAUACUCAAAUUACUGUAAUUGGGGUGUUUUUCUCCGAAAUUGUAAUUUCAUACGUAGUUUUAAAAGUGUGCUUUUACUUUCCCUUGAGUACAUUUUUAGUGCAGUAUCUGUAAUUUUACUCCACUACUUUCCUUCAACAAGCAGUCAUUACUUUAUUAUUUUGUUUACUGUAUGAUGACUGAAAUGGCCUUAAACACCCAGCAGCACAAGAUGUCAACAUGACGCCAGAUUGACGUUGUACCCCAAUGUCGUGGGGACAUUGUGUUUUGUUUGGAAAUGAAAAUCGAGUUGAUGUCAGAACCCAAUGUCAAGCUGAAGUCAAUGUCCAACCAAAAAUUAAACAAACACAAACGUCUAAUGAUGUUACAGCUUGACGUUGUGUGGACGUUACCACUAUGACGUCUAUCAGAUGUUGGAUUUCGGUUGCCAUACCUGACGAAUAAAUGUCAUUAUUUGACGUCAAUAUGACGUUGGUUUAAGAUGUUUGCUCGAUGUUGUAUUUUGGUCGCUUAUUUCAACACAACAUAAAUCAACCAAAUAUCAACGUCAUUUGCCAUCGUUAUUGGACACCAAAAUAACGUUGUCAUUAGAUGCUGACUAGAAAUUUAAUUUUGGUCACCUGAAGUCACGACCUAAAUCUAACAUAAAAUUAACAUCUUAUAAUGGUAUUAACUAAAUGCACUACAGAAUGUUACGUUUACACGCAUUACAUGUAAAUGCAUCAGCUUUUUACAGCUUAAUUCUCACUACUCUUGACUACUUUUAAAAAGGUAACUUUUUACUCAUACUUUCAGUAAUAUUAACAACAGAUACUUUUACUCUACUUGCACUACAUUUUAGGCAAGUACUCUUUCCACCACUGAUUAUAUUAAAGGUGCCAUAGAAUGAAAAUCUGAAUAUACCUAAGCAUAGCUGAAUAAUAAAAGUUCAAUCCAUGAAAAUGGCAUACUGUCAGCCUCAAGCCUAAUUGUUUCCCUCAUUCUCAUGUAAAUCCUGAGAAUGUAAAAUCCCAGUGAAAAACAGGCCAUUUGGAACAAAACACUGACUCUGGCUAUACACAUGGGAUCAUAAAUAUCAACGCCCCGGGCUGUGUUUGAUUAGCCACAACAUUUCCUAGUAAGAUUAUACACAACAGUUAUAUAUUUUCCUUAUUUUUAAGCAUAACUAAGUUGUAUUAUACUUUGUAUGUUGGACUCAUUUUGAAAGAGUUAAGGGGCAGUUUUGUGAAGCAGGAAGCCAUGGAUUAUAAUAGAGCAUUCACAGCUUGUCAGAAUGCAAAAUGCAGGAUAUACGGAUUACAAAUUUAUUCAAUGCCACCCUGAAGAGGCAUGAAAGAGGUGUAAAAUGUGCUUUUGUUAGUUAAACGUGUAUUGUGAAACUUUCCAUGUAUGUUUGUCACGAGGCAACAGACAUGUGCACGUUCAUAAUAAAGCAACAGACACGUGCACAUUUGUAAUUAAGCACAGCACAUAUAAACAGUUUAAAAAUAUAUUUUGGAUGUUUUCAUUACAUUAAACUGAAAAAAAAAACACCAUCAAAAGCCAAAAUGCCCACAAUCUCAAAAUUGGAAGGUGUAUGAAAAAAAAAAAAUCUGUGUUUUGCCCGCAGUGUCUCACCUUAAAUCUACAUUUCCUUACGUUUUGUUUUUUCUGUUUUGCAGUCAUAAAUUGUUGGUCAGUUUUAUUUUAAAAUACAGUGGUGUUCAUAACAUACAGGAACAUCUGGUUGAAAACCACUCAGGUACAGACUAUGUUAAGCUUAUAAUAACAAUCAAGACUUGUUCAAGGGAAAAGCAUCUAUAAAGUGUGUAUUACUUUACAGUUAUGGAUGUGAAAAUAACUUGACAAAAUAAAGCUUCCUCCAUAUCACACAAA